CCAUUCUGCCCCAGGCGAGUCUCCGCCUCUGCAUAUAGAACCACAUGCAUUUUCGCUCUCGCCCCACACAACAGCAUCCGUUGCCGUAAAGAGAUGGGUGAGCUGAGAGAAACACAACGGCGCAGCUCGCUGCACUCAUGUCUUGACUACCAUGCCUCAUUUUCUAUGACACCAGACACUCAGCAGGCCUAUCCAACCUUUUCCUAGACGCCAUGCCGAUGAUUUCAACGCUCUGAUAACCUUUAUGCAAACAACAAACUGUGCAAGAAGAGAAGAAUAUGUACGGGUAUCAGAAAGUGGGUUCGUGAGAACAGUCAAGCAGCGUGGCUUGAGAAGGGAAGCGCUCUUCGCGCCACAUAGUUGCGGAUGGCUCCCUUGAUGGACGGUGGCUCGUCUGCACUUGGGCUGGCAAGUGCACUGCAAAAAAAAAAGGGUGAAGUUGAUACGGGUUGAAUGGAGCUAGCUUCAGGUUAGCUCCCAUCGGUAUCAAGGACGGGAUAACGGAGGGAAUCCUUACGUCUAGAGCCGUUUCUGACCGUCACCGAUGGGCCGCGUGCCACCGCCGACUUGGGUCACACCACCGCCUACAGCCUUCGACACGCCGACGCCAAUGCCGACCGCAGCGCCGACCACAAGCAGGGCGAUGACGAGAGUAGCAAUGAGUUUUUGCUUCCUGCCCAUCCUUGCCAUGGGGUUGCAGCUCUUUUCUCGCUUCUGCUGCUUGGCCCUAGCCUUCUGCGUCUUCAGACUUGGCCACAUGCUGUCCUCUUUCCUCUUGCAUCCUGUGCGAGACGAGCCCGUCAGCGCGAGGCCCAGCUCGCGCUGCGAUUCUAGAUCAUGAGUGGUGAUGUGAGGUUGCUUAUGGUCUGCCGACGCUCUGUUGGGACCGCCCUGUGUCCAUGGCGGAUCGAAGGGGUCGGCAGACUCGUGAGCGGGAGUGAAAGACGUCGUCGUCAGGGGACUCGGAGGUGCAUCCGUCAUAGAGUUCGGUUUCGACGGCGACAGAGGCGGAGGCGCCGGUCGGCUUUCAACAGUUGCGCCAAAAGUGACCUUCUCAUCUUCGCUCAUGGUUGCUGAGAAGGUAUCGUGCGUUGAGCCCGUGCUAUGUACCUCGGUGGGAAAGACAAUGCUGUCGCUGUCGGUGGGUGAAAUUGGCACACGAAGAAUGGGGCGACGGUUUCAAGCACUGUCCUUGGCUCGCAGAGAGGGCCUGGGUGGCUGAGAACGGAAAGCGUGCAGAGAACGAGGCAGCAGAAGGCCUUGCACGCACGACGGAAGGUGUCAGGGAGGCGUAGAGGCACCAGGUGAAAAACAAGGAGGAGGUGGUCGAAUGUGUGGAUUGGCCAGGCUUGGGCAAGGACGAGGCCGAGGACGAGGAAGAAGGAGGAGAGAUUGCGAAGGGACAGCGUAAUUCUCAAGGGAGGAAAGGGCGUAGUAGGGUCAAGGGGAUAACUCAGUUCGCAAUGCAAGCGUGCACACGUACAGACAUUACACGUGCUGGGAGUGGGCCGCAACGGGGCCAGGCUUUUGUGGAGAGCGGAUGCGCGCGUUGCGGACAGCAGCUAACGGUUGCUACUAUUGUGCCUAGCGUAGGGGACGGCCAGGUAGAGAGCAAAGCUAGCUCGACUUGGUGCUUGAAGCGUGAGGUCCAGACUUGUUGGGCCGUGGCCGGGAUGGCAGCACGGCCAGGCAUGGCAGCAAACAAGCUGGUCGGAACGAGAAUCGAAAGGCGAGCGUGUGAUACGUCGACCGAGACGCAGUGGCAAGCCGCGAAAAAGCACGCGCAAUCAAUGCGGCGCACAGGGGGCGAGGUGGGCAGAACGAGGCAGUUCGUGCCAUGGCCCAAGAGAAGCAGACCAGCGGACCCGAUGGAAGAAUCUCCCCCUCCUCGCUCCUCCCCGUCCCCGUCUUGGAUUCGAAGCGGGCGGCGGCGACGGCGAGCGAGAGCGGACGGGCGACUGGGUGCCAGCUGCCGCGCAUGAGAGGCGACUACACCAUGGUCGCGAUGGCUGCACCGGCACGUCAGAGCACGCGUGUGCUUCAUUGUCCAUCCGUUCAUUCACGCAUUCGUUCCGUCCGUUCAUUCAUGCAAUUCAUUCCAUCCGCUCAUUCAUGCAAUUCAUUCCAUCCGCUCAUUC